CAGCCGGUUGCCCAGCUUCGGGGCUACGGGCGCCUAUUGACCCAACAGCCGCCGCUGCCGUCUCCUCCAGCUCGUGGCGGGCGGUACUGGAGCGCCGAGUGGCACUGGGGAAGCCGGCUCUUCCUUUCGUGGCUGCCGCCGCCAUCUCCGCGUUUUCGGGGCGGGAAGGAGGGGGUGCUCACGGCUGCAGCUGGAGCGGGCUCCUCUCCGGGGACGGUCCUCUCCUUGCUCUCUGCUUUGCCUCCCUCCCGGCGCCGCCCGCCCCCCUGCGCCCUCCGCGUGCAGCUCCGGCCCGGGAGGGAGAAGGUAGGGGAGGCGGGGGCCGGGAGAGGCCGGGGAACGGACACACACACCCGAGGAAAGUCCUGGAUCGCAGCGCCCCGGAGCCCAAGGUGCACCCCGGCCGGGCCCCCGCAGUAGCCUUGGCAGGAAGGGGCUCCGGCGGGGACGCGGGGGCGGUGUGGCGGGGGCGGGCCUGGGUGUCCCAGCGCUAAGUUGUGGGGCACGGCGCUUCCAGGUCCAGUUCCUCCUUCCGUGCGCUCCUCGCUCCCAGCGCUGCACACUCGGCCCCGGAGCCGCGGAACCCGCGCGUUCUCUGGGCGCCGAGGACACGCCUGCCCUUGUCGAGAAAACUUUUCCUGCAGACUCAGUCGUGGCGCCGGUGGCAGGAAGUCGGGGCAGCGACCUCUCCUCUGCCUGCUCCGCGCGCCCUACCGGGUGUCGGUCCCCAGCAGGAGAGCAAGUUCGUGGAGACCCUUGCCUUUGCUGCUCAGGAGUCCGCCUUGCAGGGACGGCCAGCCCCGGGAAGGGCAGUGGGCCAGGGCGUAGGCCGAGGGCGCGUGGUGGCUCCGGGGACGAGGUGCGGAGCGCGCGGCCGGGACCCGCGCGGUAGAGUGUUGUGCGGCCCAGAGCAGAGAGCCCUCGGCGAUCGUGGGCUGGAGUCCCCAGUCCUCCGCCUCUCUCCGGUGAGGACCGUGUCCUGGCUCCGAGUCUAUCGAGGAAAAAAUGAAGUUAAGUCGCCAGUUCACCGUGUUCGGCAGCGCGAUCUUCUGCGUUGUCAUUUUCUCACUCUACCUGAUGCUGGACAGGGGUCACUUGGACUACCCUCGGGGCCCGCGCCGGGAGGGCUCCUUCCCGCAGGGCCAGCUUUCGAUAUUGCAAGAGAAGAUAGACCAUUUGGAGCGCUUGCUGGCGGAAAACAAUGAGAUCAUCUCAAAUAUCAGAGACUCUGUCAUCAACCUGAGCGAGUCUGUGGAUGAUGGUCCGAAAGGUCCCCCAGGCAACGGCAGCCAAGGCUCAGCACGCCUCUCCUCACAGUCAGCCCUUCAGGCUGACCCCAAAGACUGUGUGUUUGCCUCCCAGAGCGGAACUCAGCGUGCAGAUGUGCAGAUGUUGGAUGUUUAUGAUCUGAUUCCUUUUGAUAACCCAGAUGGUGGAGUUUGGAAGCAAGGAUUUGACAUUAAGUAUGAGGCUGAUGAGUGGGACAAUGAGCCCCUUCAAGUGUUUGUGGUGCCUCAUUCCCAUAAUGACCCAGGUUGGUUGAAGACUUUCAAUGACUACUUUAGAGACAAGACUCAGUAUAUUUUUAAUAACAUGGUCCUAAAGCUGAAAGAAGACUCAAGCAGGAAGUUUAUGUGGUCUGAGAUCUCUUACCUUUCAAAAUGGUGGGAUAUCAUAGAUAAUCCGAAGAAGGAAGCUGUUAAAAGUUUACUGCAGAGUGGUCAGCUUGAGAUUGUGACAGGUGGCUGGGUUAUGCCUGAUGAAGCCACAGCACAUUAUUUUGCCUUAAUUGACCAACUGAUUGAAGGGCAUCAAUGGCUGGAAAGAAAUCUAGGAGUGAAACCUCGUUCAGGUUGGGCUAUAGAUCCUUUUGGACAUUCACCCACAAUGGCUUAUCUUCUAAAACGUGCUGGAUUCUCACACAUGCUCAUCCAGAGGGUCCAUUAUUCAGUGAAAAAACACUUCUCUUUGCAAAAAACGUUGGAAUUUUUUUGGAGACAAAAUUGGGAUCUUGGAUCUGUCACAGACAUUCUGUGCCACAUGAUGCCCUUCUACAGCUACGAUAUCCCUCACACUUGUGGACCUGACCCUAAAGUAUGCUGUCAGUUUGAUUUCAGACGGCUUCCUGGAGGCAGAUAUGGCUGUCCCUGGGGAGUCCCACCAGAAGCAAUAUCUCCUGGAAAUGUGCAAAGCAGGGCUCAAAUGCUACUAGAUCAGUACCGAAAAAAGUCCAAACUGUUCCGAACUAAAGUUCUCCUGGCUCCUCUGGGAGACGACUUCCGGUUCAGUGAAUACACAGAGUGGGAUCUGCAGUAUAGAAAUUAUGAGCAACUAUUUAAUUACAUGAAUUCUCAGCCCCACCUUAAAGUGAAGAUUCAGUUUGGAACUUUGUCUGAUUAUUUUGAUGCCCUGGAAAAAGCAGGGGCAAAGGAGAAGAAGGGGGGCCAGCCCCUGUUCCCUGUCGUGAGUGGAGACUUCUUCACUUACGCUGACCGAGAUGAUCAUUAUUGGAGUGGCUACUUCACAUCCAGACCUUUCUACAAACGAAUGGAUCGAAUCAUGGAAUCUCGUUUAAGGUACCUCGUGGUCUACAACCCUUUUGAACAAGAGCGGGACGCAGUGGUGUCCAUCUGUGUGAACUCCGCUACGGUGCAAGUGCUGGCUGAUUCCGGAAAGCCUGUGGAGGUUCAAGUCAGUGCUGUCUGGAAUGACGCGAGAACAAUUUCACAAACAGCCUAUGAGGUUUCUUUUCUGGCUCAUAUAGCACCGCUGGGAAUGAAAGUAUAUAAGAUCUUAGGAUCACAGAGUCCAAGUUCACACAUGGCUGAUUAUGUCGUGUAUAAUGAUGUACUAGCAGAAAAUGGAAUAUUCCACGUGAAGAACAUGGUAUAUGCGAAGGAUGCCAUAACUAUAGAGAACCCCUUCCUUGCAGUCUGGUUUGACCGAUCUGGGCUUAUGGAGAAAGUGAGAACGAAGGAGGACGGUAGACACCAUGAAAUACAGGUGCAAUUCCUGUGGUAUGGAACCACAAACAAGAGAGACAAAAGUGGUGCCUAUCUCUUCUUGCCUGAUGGGCAGGGCCAGCCAUAUGUUUCUCAACGGCCACCCUUUGUCAGAAUGACACGUGGAAGGCUCUAUUCAGAAGUGACCUGCUUCUUGGAACACGUGACUCAUAAAGUCCGACUAUACAACAUACAGGGAAUAGAAGGACAGUCAAUGGAAGUUUCUAAUAUUGUGGACAUUCGAAAUGUGCAUAACCGUGAGAUUGUAAUGAGAAUUUCAUCUAAAAUAAACAACCAAAAUAGAUUUUAUACUGACCUAAAUGGAUACCAGAUUCAGCCUAGAAGGACAAUGAGCAAAUUGCCUCUUCAAGCCAAUGUUUACCCAAUGAGUACGAUGGCCUACAUCCAGGAUGCCGAAUACCGGCUCACACUGCUUGCCGCUCAGUCUUUAGGCACGGCUAGCCUGGUUUCUGGUCAAAUUGAAGUCUUCAUGGAUCGAAGACUCAUGCAAGAUGAUAACCGUGGCCUUGGCCAAGGCGUACAUGAUAAUAAGAUUACAGCUAAUUUGUUUCGAAUCCUGCUGGAGAAGAGAAAUGGUGUGAACAUGGAAGAAGACAAGAAGAGUCCAGUCAGUUAUCCUUCCCUCCUCAGCCACAUGACUUCGUCCUUCCUCAACCAUCCGUUCCUCCCCAUGAUAGUGAAUGCCAAGCUCUCCUCCCCUGCCGUGGAGCUGCUGAGUGAACUGCCUCUGCUUCAGUCAUCUUUACCUUGUGACAUCCAUCUGGUCAAUCUCCGCACAAUACAGUUAAAGAUGGGCAAAGGCUAUUCAGAUGAGGCGGCCUUGAUCCUCCACAGGAAAGGGUUUGAUUGCCAGUUCUCCAGUAAAGGCACAGGGCUUUCCUGUUCUACUACUCAGGGAAAGAUGUCAAUCCCCAAACUUUUCAACAAGUUUGCUGUAGAAAGCCUCAUCCCUUCUUCACUGUCCUUGAUGCACUGGCCUCCAGAUGCCCAGAAUGUGAGUGAGAUCAACUUGAGUCCCAUGGAAAUCAGCACGUUCCGGAUCCGCUUGAGAUGAAACUGACUUGAGAUUGGAGGGGAGGGCCUGGCUUCGUUACCCUCGUGGUUUUUACGUGCAAUAACUAAGCACAUUACUUUAGCUUCCAGCUGUUGGGACAACAUGAAUUCUGUGAUGUUUUUUUUUAAACUUGUCUAGUAAGAAAAGAAGAAAAAGCCAUGCUUUCAAAAGGUUUCUUUUUCUAAGUUUGCCCCACAAACUACUACUAUCAGUGCGAACUGAUGUAACACACACACA